ACACUACCUAUGCUACCACCUCCUACCUGCUGCUGGAUCAGUCAUCUGAACGCAGUCUAUGGGCCUUCUCUCUCCUUCCUCCCACCAAUAUGACUAUCUUUUUGUAGAUACUUCAGCUGCAUGCAGUUCCUAGGACAUAUUCCUGUUGACGAGAUCAAAUAUAACUUAUGCAGAUGUUGGCCAAAGUUCUGGAUGACUGCUUUGUCAGGUAUUGCAAAACACCACAGAUGCAUGCUGAAAAGAGGUUAUUUCAUGUCCCAAAAGAUGCAGCAUUGUUGGUUUUGUUUUUUUUGUUUUGUUUUGUUUUGUUUAUUUGUUUUGGCAAAGUAACUUCUAGACAGUUAUGUGAACACAGUGGAUUUUAAAGGAUUCAGACGGCACAUCAAUCUCACUGCACAAAUGGGACAUCAGAGUCUAUCUCUUGAGUAGCAAUGCUAUUUACAGUUUAGUAAAAGAUAUCUCAUGCCAGAAUAAAGGAAUGCUAAAGAGGAAGCAGCAGAAAAUAAUGAAAACUGAAAGAAGCAUUGUUUAGCUGUAAGACAGCCAGGGCUGUGACAGAAAUACAGGUUUUACUUUGAUGCAAAUGGGGGGAAAAUGGCCCUGGAUAUUGAGGUCCCCUACUCUCUUAAUAAAUCUGUGCUUUUUUUCAUAGUUGCUGUAAGCCCACAUAUUGAUUGGUCUAGCUGCAGACACUGGAAAUUUCAAAAGUCGGGCUGCAUGGUUUGCACAAUUUGUCUUAAUUGUCAAUUUAUUAAGUGGAAGGUCAUCUCAUAAACUACCUGGUGACCAAAGCCACUACAAACUGAUGUUCUCCAACUUGCUGAGAAAAGUAUGCACUUCAGCUUCACUUCUUUUCUUUUUUAGGUAGACAUAUUUCCCCAAAGGACAUAUUUAACUUGAGUGAGAUGGCACUAUUACUUAAUUAUACUUACGACUGAUUCGUAUGACCCUAACUAUGCAAGAACCUGUUGGUGAUCCUGGAACAAUAUUGUGCCAUACAGAGUAGCAAUACACAACAUCCUGAGUGAGGCAGUAACAGAAGUGCAAAGAUGUGUACAGCACAGCUAUCUUCUGCAAAGGGCAUCAGAUGAAGUUUCACCUGGGUAAUUCUCAACACCUAAAGCAGACCUUGCUCAUCGUAACCCAGAAGUCACAGGAGAGGAUGAUGAGGUGCUAAAGCCUAACUGACUCCGAUCCUUGCUAUAUACUGAGUAUCCUUUCCUGAAGGUUUGCUACAGGGCUGAACAAGUAACAUUUCUUCUGCCUGCUUGUAUAUUUUGGCUGCUACAGCCCUAGAAUGAAUCUGCCCAGAUUGCUGGCCUUAUCUGUUUGUGACACUUCUGGACUGUGUGCAGAUUUUCAAACUCUGUAAAAGGGAAAACUGAACAUGAAGCCAAGGAGUGGAGAAGUUCCAUGGAGAUGGGAUGGCACUGUGCAGAGGAGAAAGGGACCAAGAGGUCCCCCCUUCUUCAGAGGCAAUCAUGCGUAAUGAAAGUUCUUAAAACAAAUAGCUGUGUAUAAUUAAUUGCAGUGGAAAAUCAGUUUUUGGAAGAGAAGCUUAAAUAAUUCUGCCAAAACCUUCACAUCAAAGUCUUCCAAGUUUCCAAAAUACGAUGAAAAAUAUCCUUUGGGGUUAGCAAGUUCAGCUGCAAGGCCCUUCCCAGGGCUGCAGUCAUAAACACAGAAAGGCGGAUCUAUUCUAGCAGAGGCUGUUGGAUCAGAAGCAGCCAGGAGAGACACCACAGCAAACAGCUUUCACUUCAGACUCGGCACAGUCUGCAGAGGGGAUGUGAACCAUUACUGGGCAUGGCUGCUAUGGCCCAGGUGCAGCUCAGCACCUGGCUGAUCCUGUGCAUCUUUGCUGGAUCCCAGAGGCUAACAGAUGAACAUCCUUACAGCAGGGACGAUGUCAGCACCAACGCACCCCACCGCGGCCCAGAGGACGCCGACGUCAUGUUAGAGAUGCUCUGGGGCAGGCUGGACAUUCAGGCCAACGGGACAAUCCAGCUGCGGGACGAAGAGCUGGCCUCCCUGCGCACAGCACGGUGGUUCAUGCAGAUCUUAGAGCGUGAAGUUCCCAAAACACCGAUGGAGAUUGAGCAGCAACUGAGAUAUUACUCACAGACUGAUAGCUCUUUGCCUCUAACAGAGUUUGACCGCCUGCUUUUCACCAGUGUUUACUGCGCCUAUCAGAUCCGCUCAGUUCAGGGUCUGGAUAAAAAUCUCUGGAUCCGUUUUUUCUCUCAAUUAGCUGAUGAAAUCUUUCGUGAUCUGUGCAAGGGGCUCUGCCCUGCAAAUUCCACCCUCCUCCUGGCUUCCUGGCCCUCAAAGGAAAAACCUUCACAUUUAGCAUCUCUGAAACAUUUUUAUCACUCUAAUCUGGCCAGGACCAAGAGAGACACUUAAUAAGGGAAACAACCAUGGGAAGGUGUGCAUCUGACCUCAGCUGCAAUCUGGGCUGUUUCAAAUGCUGACGAUCCUUCCACAUUAUUCUGGACUUUGCAGAAAUAUGCCACAUCUCUCUCUCAUCCAGCUCUCUGUAUUUAUACACAACGUUUUAUUUUUAGAUAGAACAGGACAUAUCUCAAAAUUGCAUCUCACACUUUCCUUUUUUUUUCCUUUUUUUUUUUUUUUAAGUGGGUUGGGCUGAUGUAGGCAGUGCUAUUUAGAAGUGUUAUCUAUCUUGAUCACUGAUGCUUUCUAGGGAGUUGUCCUGGCAGGUUUUUUCCAGGAUGUUACACUGGUGUCUUAGCAGAAUUUAUCUUGAAUAAUUCAGCUUGGCGUCCUCUAUUCCUUCUGUGGUUUCAGCCAAAUGCAGUCUUUUUUCUCCUCUCCAGUAAUCAGCUAAGCAGAUGCUGCUGUGUUUCACAAUACAGGUAGUGCAUUUAAUUUCAGCUUCCUGGUUAUGCAAUUUGCAUUUUAUGUGCCCAAAGUAAUUUUCCACAUAAUGUGUUCAUUUUUCUUAAAAGAUCAACCAAAACUGUAUGUAUUCUACAAAGCUUCCCUGUAUUUGUAUAUUAUAUUUACAUAUGUAUACUGCUUUGUGUCAGCCAGCAGUUUGGAAUAUACUUUUUAUAUCUCAUUUAAAUUCCCAAGGAUAGUGACCUAGUUAUUUCUACAGCAGAUUUUAUCUCUUCUGAAGUUCUUUUCCAUACUGCUAUGGCACUUUACAAGACAAACAUAACAAACACACAAUCUUUAUACUCAAAAUCAGAAACAUAAUUAUUUUAUAGAAUGAGAUUCUUAACUUUCUCUAUCUUACACAUUGCUGUGUGGAAUUAAAUAAAUAUGAUCAUCUACA